AUGUCGGAAGGCAGAACCAGUUCCGACGAAUCAAACCAAGGGGUUUGCAAGGUAUGCGAUGGAAGCGAUAACUCACGGAUGGUCCAGUGUGACAAAUGCGACGACUGGUUCCAUUUCGACUGCGUGGGGGUAAGUCAAGCUGUAGAGAAUCAAGAUUGGCUCUGCUCGGACUGCUAUGGGAAGCAGCAUGCCAAGAACAAGAAAUCUACGAAACCAACUCCCCCAACGGUACCGCCCGUAAGUACACUUGCAACCAUUGUAACAACUGGAACACUGGUUCCCAAAAUUACAAGUACGUCCUCUAUUAACGUGACAAGCACGUUUGUCACGUCCUCUAUGAUAUAUACGCCAAAUACACUAGUUUCUCCAUACAUGUUUAAUGCACCAAUGCCACCCCAUUCGCUAAUGCCACCCUGUUCAUACGCGCAGUCUUAUUAUAUGAUGCCACCCAAUACGCCAAUGCAAUUAAAUACUUCUAUGCCACCAAUGCCACUGAUACAAUCAUAUCGUCUGUCAAAUCCGAGUAUUUCGUCGUCGGGAGUGAACUACUACGACCGUUGUUAUACAGUGCCAUCCAGUUUUAUUCAGACCAUUCCGUCAGUGCCUUAUCCAGUUGUGUCUAGUGAUGAGCAACCAACUACCAUUCCAAUAGGAGGACAACCUAAAGAGCUGCCGGAGCAACUGCAUCCACGAUUUCCUCCGAAGACCAAGAAACAAGUUUUGGAGGAUAACAUGAGCCAGUAUUCCGAAGUCAGUUCCAGAAGGUCCACCAAACAGAGACAGUUGAAGUUGCAACUGCAAAUGUUGGACGACGAACGGAAACUACAGGAAGCGGAAGAAGCAAGCAAACGCGAGUAUAUUCACACCCGCAACCAGCUGAUGAAGGAGAUAGUCAACGAGGAGGAUUCGAUUGUGGAUGCUGACGAAGGACUGUCAGAUGAACGAGUAGCGGAAUGGCUUAACGACGAGGCUCCUGCAGAAGUUCCAGUUUCGCAGAACCAACGUCAGCUACCGGUAUCCCAGUCAGUGGUUGUUCCACAACUAACGAAUGUGUGGACGUCGGUCGGACAGAUACAGAUCCAGGACCGAGUGAAGAAAACUGGUCUGUACCCGACUGAGAAUCCCGGGAUCAGACGAACGAAUGCCAACCAUCAAUCGACCGCGGUGGGAAGCAAAUUUGUUCCUAUGUUACGCUCUACUCCGAGACAGAUGCCCUCAGGUUAUGAAAACGGCAGCAACCUAACACAUAGCCAAGUCGCUGCUCGACAAGCCGUGUCACGAGAACUCCCAGUAUUCAGCGGCUCGCCGGAAGAAUGGCCGUUGUUCUACUCCACGUUUACGACAACGACCAACAUGUGCGGCUAUACCGCAGAGGAGAACCUAAUGCGGUUGCAGAAGUGCUUGAGAGGGAAGGCGUAUGAAGCAGUAAAGUGCCGCUUGAUGCAUCCGGCUAAUGUUGUUGGUAUCCUGUCCACAUUGAGGAUGUUGUACGGGAAUCCCGAGAUCAUCGUGCAGAAUUUGAUAUCAAAGAUCCAGUCUACGCCAGCGCCGAAAGCGGACAAAUUAGAAACACUCAUCGAGUUUUCCCUUGCAGUGCAGAACCUUUGCGCAACGAUCGAAGCUUGCGAGCUGGAAGAGUAUUCGUACAACGUUGCUCUUUUACAUGAGCUUGUAGAUAAGCUACCUUCAGGGUUUAAGGUGGAGUGGGCCAAAUAUCGCCGUAACCUACCACGAGUACAUCUUUCGAUAUUCGCAAAAUGGUUGUAUGAGCUAGCAGAAAUUGUGUGUCCGAUCGCAAAUUUGCAUGGUAGCGGGGCUAGAGCACCCCAGAGUAACAAGAAAAACUCAGCGUUCCUUAAUGCUCACAGUGGGGAGACGAGCGGCGGUACGACGGAUAAGACGAAUCAUCAAUCCAAUUCGAAUCGAUUUGGGGCUAACUCUAGGGAGUGCCUGGUUUGUAAGGGAAGUUGUCCUAAUGUGGAGAAAUGCCAGCGGUUCGCUGAGCUCGGAUACAACUCUAAAUGGGCAACUGUGAAAGAGUUCGGGUUAUGCCGGAAGUGCCUACGGAAACAUAAGGGACCGUGUAAGUCAAAGCAAGUUUGCGGCACAAACGGUUGCACUUUCAAACAUCACCAACUGCUCCACAACAAUCAACGUGAAGGAGCGCUGCGUUCCGGUAGUAGGGAUUCACAUUCCGCCACGGUGGCACAAGACACAUCUGUGCGCGAAUGCAACGCUCAUCAUAAGGCCACGAACAAGGGACUGUUCAGAGUUGCUCCAAUCGUCAUCCAUGGCCCGGUUAAAUCCAUCAAAACUUUCACAUUUCUCGACGAUGGGUCCUCACUAACUCUAGUGGACGCAUCGCUAGUGCAAGAGCUGAAGCUACAGGGAACGCCGGAACCGUUAUGCCUUAAAUGGACAGGUAACAAGCGGCGGAUGGAAAGUGACUCAAUGAGGUUGGACCUCGAAGUUUCAGGAACGGGAGAGGUUCAAAAGAAGUAUCGUCUUGCAGGAGCACAUACUGUUGCUAGCUUGGAUCUGUUUCAUCAAACGGUAGACACGGAGUUGAUGUGCAAAGAAUAUCCCCAUCUACGAGGAAUCCCCAUCGAAUCGUACAUAAAUGUACAGCCUCGGAUCUUGAUCGGAAUCGAUAAUGCCAACCUGACAUUCCCACUCAAGGGAAGGGAAGGCAAGAUGUACGAGCCGAUCGCAACGAAAACGCGACUCGGAUGGAUUGUUCACGGAGGUUCGAACACCGGAGAGGCUGUUGUGGGACAUCAUAGCCAUAGCGUUCAGACAUGUCCGUGCAGCGAACGAUCCGAUGGUAUGUUGCAGCAAGCCGUACGUGAAUACUUUUCUCUGGAUGGACUGGGAAUUUACAGACCGGAGAAGCAACUUUAUUCCGUGGCAGACCAGCGUGCGCAGCAGCUUAUGCAGUCAGCGUCAAAGACAGAGAGUGGGCGAUAUGAAGUUAGCCUGUUAUGGAAGUUCGACGAAUUCCGACUACCCAACAGCAAACCUGUAGCUCUACGGCGCUUCCACUGCCUAGAGGCCAGAAUGAAGAAACAGCCGGAGUUGGCCCAAGUAUUGCGGGCGAAGAUCGAAGAUUAUCGUAAGAAGGGGUACAUCAGAAAGCUGUCGGAUGAAGAGCUGCAAGUUCCACAAGAACGAGUGUGGUAUCUCCCGUUGUUUCCAGUGUUCAACCCGAAUAAACCUGGGAAGGUGAGAAUUGUGUGGGACGCGGCUGCAAAAACUAAUGGUGUAUCGUUGAACUCGAUGCUGCUGACAGGGCCGGAUCUACUGACGCCUCUGGACUACGUGCUUUUCCGGUUCCGAGAGUUCCGCGUGGGACUUAGUGGUGAUGUGAAGGAGAUGUACUUGCAAAUGGUAAUGUCCAAGAAGGAUCAGCACUGCCUCAGGGUGUUAUGGUGUGAUGACGCAUCUGGAGAACCGAGCACCUACGUGACGCAGGUUAUGCCGUUCGGUACCUGUUGUUCGCCAAGUUGCGCGCAAUUCAUCAAAAAUCUCAACGCAAGCAAGUUCGAAGGGCAGUAUCCAGUGGCCGCGCAAGCCAUUAUCAAACAGCACUACGUGGACGAUAUGCUGGUGAGCGUCGAAUCUGAACAGGAGGCGAUCCAGUUAGCAAUGGAUGUGAAAUUCGUGCACGCCCAGGCUGGAUUCGACAUGCGAAACUGGAUUUCUAACUCCCCUGCAGUUAUGAAAGCCCUGAAGGAGAAUAACAAGGACGAAAUCAGUCUAAACAUCGGAGCAGAGCUGACGACCGAGAAGGUUUUAGGAAUGUGGUGGUGUACGGCUUCAGAUUCAUUCAUUUACAAACUUUCAGCGAAGCACGACCGGGAUUUGCUUGAUGGGAAUCGCACACCUACGAAGCGAGAGAUGCUCAGAACACUCAUGGCUGUUUUCGAUCCACUGGGAUUGAUAUCCAACGUGAUGAUCUACCUAAAAGUCCUAUUCCAGGAAGUAUGGCGAUCCGGAAUCGGCUGGGAUGAGGUGAUACCAGAACGUCUUAACGAAAAGUGGGAGAAAUGGCUGGAGAUCCUACCCAAGGUACAGACUAUCAGCAUACCUCGCUGUUACCGGUCUGCAACGCGGUUGGGCCCGCAAACGAACAUCCAGCUACACACGUUCGUUGACGCUAGCCUGUCGGGUUUCGCAGCGGUCGUCUACCUACGUUUCGAACAGGGCAGUACUGUGGAGUGUGCGAUAGUAGGUGCGAAGACACGAGUAGCUCCCAUAAAGUUUGUUUCCGUUCCAAAGCUGGAAUUACAGGCCGCAGUCAUUGGAGUCAGGCUAGCUGACAGAAUUACAAAGUCGCUGUCGUUCAACGUUCACCAGCGGUUCUUUUGGAGUGACUCGAGGGACGUCUUAUGCUGGAUCCGGUCAGACCAUCGCAGAUAUUCGCAAUUCGUUGCCUUCCGUGUCAGUGAAGUCUUGGAAACCACGGGCAUUACUGACUGGAGAUACAAGUGCUCGAAAGAGAACGUUGCUGAUGAUGCUACAAAAUGGCAGGGGUUUCCCGAUCUCACCGAGGACAGCAGAUGGUUCAAAGGUCCAAAAUGCUUGUGGGAGCGCAGCGAUAGGUGGCCAUCAAAUCCAUACGAAGAUGAGCAUACCGAGGAAGAACUACGUGCAAACCUGUUUCAUCAUCGAGUUGAACCCGAACCAAUCAUCACUGUUCAAGACUACUCUCAAUGGGAGCGGUUGCUUCGCGCCACAGCCACAACAUUAAGAGAAGCGCAAAAGCUUCGCAGCACAACGCACGAACCAGAAGGCAGCAAAGGAUCUCUCACAGGCGAAGAAUUGAAACAGGCCGCCAACUAUCUGUACCGACUGGCUCAAACAGAAGGAUUUCCGGAUGAAAUGGGCAUACUAAGGGCCAAGGUGGGCAACAAGGUGCUACCCAAAUCAAGCUCGAUCUACACACUCAAUCCGUUCCUGGACGAGCAACACAUACUAAGAAUGCACGGCCGAAUCAGUGCAUGUGAGUACGCUUCCAUGGAUGCUAAGAAUCCGAUUAUCCUUCCGAAGGACCAUCACGUCACAGGGCUGAUCGUACAAGACUAUCACCAGCGUUUCCACCAUCAGAAUCACACCACCGUCGUGAAUGAGUUAAGGCAAACCUUCCGGAUUCCAAAGGUUAGGCGAUUGUUUCAACGAGUUAGAAGCAAGUGUCAGGUGUGCAAAAACCAAAGGGCUGUUCCUUGUCCUCCUCCAAUGGGCGAUCUUCCUGUGGCUAGGUUGGCGGCAUUCACUAGGCCAUUCUCAUACAUUGGCAUUGACUACUUUGGCCCAAUGUUAGUAGUUGUUGGGCGUCGAACUGAAAAGCGUUGGGGUGUGCUUAUAACGUGCUUAACUAUACGGGCGGUACACAUAGAAAUCGCACAUUCCCUCGAUGCGAAUUCAUGUAUAAUGGCGUUGAGGAACUUUAUGGCAAAGAGAGGCGUACCAAUAAAGAUCUAUAGUGAUCGUGGGACUAACUUCAUUGCUUCAAAUAAAGAGCUUGGGAAGGCAAGCGUAGAACUUCAAGCUGCACUGAAGGAGAUGAACCAGGAGCACGUCGUCCGAGAAAUCGUCAGUCCAAACACUGAAUGGUCCUUCCUUCCUCCAGCAUCUCCCCAUAUGGGUGGAGCCUGGGAAAGGCUUAUUCAGUCGGUGAAGAAGAACCUCAUGGCAUUGAAACCAGGACGCCAUCCAACCGACGAGACACUCCGCAACAGGUUGAUGGAAGUUGAGAACAUCGUUAACUCACGUCCGCUAACGUACGUUCCAGUAGAAGACCCGGAAGCUCCAGUACUGACACCGAACCAUUUUCUCGUGGGUUCAUCGAGUGGACUCAAACCCUACAGUGUCCUCAACGAUGAUUCGGUAGUUCUGCGGCGAGCAUGGUGUACGUCACAAGUCGAAGCGAACAUCUUCUGGCGACGAUGGGUGCGAGACUAUCUGCCGGAGUUAACCAAGCGCUCGAAGUGGUUCAGCGAGGUCAAGCCGAUUGAGGUGAACGAUAUCGUAGUCGUCGUCGAUCCAGGGCUCCCACGGAACUGUUGGCCCAAGGGACGGAUCAUUUCUGUUAAUACGGGCAAAGAUGGACAGGUAAGGUCAGCCGCUGUACAGACACAGGCCGGGAUAUAUGAGCGACCGGCAACAAGGCUCGCAGUUCUAGAUGUUCGACGCGAUGAACAGUAA